UGGAGUGUAAUGCUAGAUUAGAAAUAAGUAGAACAAAUUGUGCACAAAAAGUGUAAUUCUCAGUGUGGGUGUAAUUAAUAGCGUACAAAGCGAAGAAAAAGAAGAAAGAAAAAUAAGAACGAUAAAGCAGCAGACGAAAGGAGCAACAGAAAAGUGUCUAAUUGCACUAAGUGAGAGUUGACGAUAGAGAGAAAUAAGUGAGAGAUUUGCAAUAAAACCAGUCGAAAAUUCAAAACAACAACAAAAUAGACGAGUGUGUGAGUGCCACAAGUCCAGAUAUCCAAUAGGAAAAAAAUAGAAUUUCUAAGGCUACUACUGUGAAGGCACUUCCGUGGGCGUCUUGGACCAAGGAAAUAGGAAGCCAUCUCAUAUUUACGGUGCAGCGCGGGAGGAUACCAGGAGUACAGAUUUUUGCGAGGAUUCGAGAGUGUGUUCUGGGAUUCGAGAAGGUGUAUUUGCGAGCCAAGGGAGGUGCCCUUGACGGAAAGAAAAGUGGAUUAGCGGAGAAAAUCGGAGCGCCAUUGUUGUUUUUCUGGCUUUUCUGGAAAGUUAGUGUACGUUGAAAGUUUUUCCAGUGGAUAAAAGUGCCUGAGAAUUGUUUUAAAAGUGCUAACCCGCGAACGUCUGAACGCCAGGAGGAGCGACCAACUUUUCUUCUCGAGGAAAAAAAACAGCCCGUACAAAAACGAUGACGCAGUUUUUGUUUUGAUCAAUUUCAUCUUUUUCGCUGCUUUUUUCUUCAAAACAACAGAGAAAAAAUAUGAAUAUUGAGUUCGCAGUAACAGAAAUCGCAACUGAAAAUGUCCGCCGAUUCCCAACGACGAUCAGCGUCCAGCAGCGCGACCGCGGCUGCUGCGCGCUGUAUGCCGGCGAUAGUGCCCCCGCAGGCCGUUAGUGAUCGGUCGAUCAUCGACAGUGUGGCCGGAUUCAUCAACGAUGUAACGCUGCAGACGCAAACGCCACAGGGCGAUGGCAAAGAUCACAUCCUGUGGGCACGGUUCGAGAGUACCGCCGACAUCAGCGAUCCCUGUCUCGGGGACGACUGGGAGCUGGAAGGGGGCAUCGCCCCACCGCUCCUGCUGAUACUGGGCUAUAUCAACGGGAUUCAGGUCUGGAUCAUCCCAGCGAAUGGGGAAGCGAUUGAGGUGCUUUCGUGGCGCCAUGGUAGCGUGAAGUGCUUACGGGUUCUGCCGACCCCAACUUUCGGAGACGGCGAAUCGGCCACCGAACCCAACGACCAGUUCAUCCACAAGCGACCGCUUAUUGCUCUGUGUGACUCAGCCUCAAGUGGGGUCGUGGGAAGUAGUGGUGGCAUGUCGAGCGGCAAUCAGUCGCAGUACUGCUCGAUUAACUUCAUAUCACUAAAGGACGGCGAGAACGUGAAGAGUAUCAAGUUCAAGAAUCCGAUAGUGGAUAUCCUUGCGAACCGAUCAUCGGUGGUGGUGAGCUUUGCGGAGCGGAUAGCCAUCUUUGAUGCUCGUACGCUGGAGGACCGGUUGACCGUUACCACGUGCCAUCCCAGCCCUGGAUUGAAUCCCAAUCCCAUCGCACUGGGUCCUCGUUGGAUUGCGUAUGCCGAAAAGAAAUUACUUCCAUCGAAACGGUCCAGUGGAGGAUGCGAUGGAGAUGGGGUCACCAGCUAUACGGCCACGGUUUUGAAUGCGGCGAAAAGCUUAGGAAAAGGUUUACGGGAACUUGGAGAACAAAUGGCAGCCGGUUUGACCGGUGGCAGUCAUUCGGGACCUAGUUCAAUUAGCGGACUAUCCGGUUGUGGUUCAACGGGAAAUGUAGCAAGCGAAGGCAAUCAGCCAGGAAUUGUUACGAUACUUGAUAUCAAGUAUCCGAUCAAGGAUGUUAGUCCCACUACGGGAACUCCGAUUGCCAGCAACGGAAACGAUCCAAUGGUUGCACAUUUUGUAGCCCACUCGGAAGCCAUUGUAGCGUUACAAUUUGAUGCUUCCGGAAUGCUACUGUUAACUGCGGACAAACGUGGACAUGAUUUCCACGUCUUCCGAAUCCAUCCGCAUCCGAGCGGGCCCUCGUUGGCUGCGGUUCACCAUCUGUACAUUCUGCAUCGCGGAGAUACCACGGCCAAGGUACAGGAUAUAGCGUUCUCGUUAGACUCCCGAUGGGUAGCGAUCUCAACUUUACGAGGAACGACACAUGUCUUUCCGGUGACUCCUUACGGGGGUCCAGCUGGAGUUCGGACACACGGUUCCCCUCAUGUUGUAAAUAGAUUAUCUAGAUUUCAUCGUUCUGCCGGCCUGUCGAUUGACGGCCGGUCCAGCAGCCCCGUUUCGCACAUGGAGCAUCCUGCGUCUCAAACUCCGACAUCCGCCUACGCUAAUCCACGGAUUCCACCGUUCCCACAUCCCACGAUCGUCCAACCGCUAGCGCAGCUGCGGCAACCGUCGAGUCUUGGCACUCAAUCGAACAGCAGCACGAACGUCAAGAGUUCCACUGGCAGUGGCCGUCAACGGAACUCUUCUUCCUCCUCGGAUGACCUCGUAAAGCCACUACGGGUUUGUGCUACCUUUGCCAAGGCACGUUCCUGGCUGUUGGACCCACCGGGAUCGGCCAGGGACACUCCCGCACAUCGCAUCCAGCGGAAACCGGUAGAUUCACUAUUUAUCAUAGCCGCCCACGGGGCAUUGAUUCAGUACGACUUGGAACCGAAACAUACAACCAACAUCCCCAAAGAGAAAGUCUGUGAUGACACACCGAUCGAGCUGGAAGUGGAAGCCAAGGCACAGUGGACUCUGCAGCGCCAGGAAAGUGCCACCGCAAACGACAUCCAGCCUCCGCUGCCGUUGGACAAUUGGCUCGUGAAGGAUCGCUUUCUCGAGGAAGUCGUCGGAGAUGUUGUUAGCGAUUAUGGUAGCUUCGAUCAUCACCACCGCGGUGGCAGUGACCAUCGGGGCAGUACUAGCAGCAUUGAUCACGACGAUCGCUGGCUAUCACAGGUAGAAAUCAUAACGCACGCCGGACCUCACCGUCGGCUCUGGAUGGGACCGCAGUUUAUGUUCAAAACAUACAAUACACCAAGCGGAUCCCCCUUGACUUCGAUCGACACCGAUUCGGUGGAGAUUGGUCCCGGAAACAUGGUAAACCGACCGGCUCGCUCCAACCCGAUGAAUAUGCCCAUCUCUGGAGGUAUGAGGCCAUUGGUACCCAUACUCAUUGAAUCUGGAUCAUGUAGUAGCUACGAGCAAAGUCCUCGAAUGAUCAAUAUGCCCGAUUUUCGGCAUCAAGAGAAUCUGGACACGGAAUUUUCUUCGCUGGGACCAGUCGAAUCUCAGCUGCGAGAAGAUCUCGCUGAUGCUAUGCGCGAAUCACCGCUAAUCUCCGGACGAGACACGACAGGCUAUGCGAGCGCCACGCCCAUUCCGGCUGGGCUGUCUUCGGUGUCCUCUUGCUCCUCCACCUCGAUCUACUCGUCGACGCACUCGUUGAACUCGAUCUGUGACCAAAAGCUAUCCCUCCCCGUAGUGGCAGCAGGUGCGCCAUCCCACGGACAAUUGCUGAAACACCACGUAUCGCAUCUGCAGCACCAACAGCAGCAGCAGCAUGAUCAGCACCAUUCGUCGUCACUUCCAACGAUCUGUUCGCGACCUGCUUCGGCAGCGAGUAGUCGAGCGUCCGGUUCGAUGACGAUAACCAAAGUGGUGAACCCGUUGGGAACGGUAACCACCGUUUGCAAUGUCGAAUCGGACGGGGCGGAAUCCGGAUCGGAUCCCCUUGGGGUUCGGGAUUGCGAUGUUUACAUGCAUGAAAACUGUGACGAAGCGCUGUUCAGACCGGUCGUUACCGUACACGGUAUACCGGGGGGACAACACGAACGGCGUGGUUCGUCGCUGGAUCGAUUGAGCUCGCUGGUAGCGGGCGGUGAGGAACCGGCUUCGCUAAUCAGUCGAGAGUUGAUCGUGCCAGUGAUCGAAAAGAAGAAUAUGGUAUACUUUAGCAAGGCCAAGAAGAAAGAAGAAGAGAACUUGGUGGCUAAAUUUGAGGAACUGUCGUCGAUAAACAAGAAGAGUAAAAAGGAUGAACCGAAAGUGAUCGAGGUGAUUCCGGAGGCGACGGAUCGAAAGAUGUCCGGAGAUUUUGUGGAUGUGGAAAUUGUGGAGCGGAAACCGGAGGCACCGAAGGCCGGACGGAAGAAAGAAAAAUCGCCUCCCGUGUCGGCGCGGAAUGAAAGGAAAAAAAAGGAUCCGGAACCAAUUGAAGUAAUCGAGAUAAUUGAUCCCGUUGGGGAGGAACUGCAUCUACCGGCAGUUGAGAAGGUUCCUCGUGGUGGGAAGAAGAAGGACAACGGAAAGAAAAAGGAAGAACCGAAGCAACAACAACAACAACCGACGACGAAAGCGGAAACGAAGCCGUUGAAGGGUGCAGCUGGCAAUGGUGGUGGCCAAACGGGCGGUAGCAAUAGGAAAGAAACCAAGCAAGACAAUCGAAAGCGAAAAGAAAAGUACCAAGCUCCGGUGACGCCGCCAGAAACGGUUCCGGAACCGGAGCUGCGCGAAGCAGCGCCGAUAGAAGACGAUAUGCUCAAAUCGAUCUGUGACGAAUUCCCACCCCUGGAAGCGCUGAAAAUUGAUGAUUUGGAACUGUUUGGAGAGUCGAAUGAACCGGAAAAUUUGAAAGUGACCAGAACGGAAAUUAGCGUUCAGGAAUCGAUGCUUGCUUCUAGUUUGGUUGGGAAUCGCGACGACGAUGAACCGGUCAAGUCGGAUGAUGCCGAGGCAUCGAGUCACGUGCAUGAAGAUGAUGCGGGAAGUAGUGUGGUAGAAGAGAACAAGUGUGUUGAGUUAGUGAAAGAGGAAGAAACGAAAGCAGUGAAGGAGGAAGAGUUUUACGAGAUUUCUACGCGUUAUGAGCUGGAGUUCCCGGAGCCGCUGCCUCCGUUGGAACCGUUGAUUUGUAAAGAUUUGGAGGAUUUGGGUUUCAGCGAGAGUGAGAAGAAGGAGCAGUUUUUGAAGCAGUUGAGUGAGGAAAAGACACUCAUUAAUUUUGAGAGCCCACUCGAAGAGACGGCCAAGGAGAGCGUAAGUGAGCGAGGAAAGUCAAUUUUGGAGGGUAGAAAUAUUGUGUUUGCCAUGUGCUCGAGCUUGAAGGAGAUGGGAGAAUCCAGUGGUUCUCAGUUGUUGGGUGGUACCCGAAGCCUUUCGACGUCGAUGAUGGAACCGGCUGUGCUUAAGCAGCAACUAUCAGUCGAAGGACAGGAUUCGGACUACAAAAGCCUGGAGCUCGAGGUAGAUGACAGUGCUAUGUACAGCUCUCAGCUGCCGGCGUCAUCGGCAUCGGACGACGAUACUUCGAAUUCAAACAACGAUGAGCCGGAAGAUGAAGUCAAACAAAAUGGAAAGCUUCCGCCGCAAGGCGAAGACGAGGACGAGGAACUACAACCACUGAUCUCGAGCAACAAAACGUCAUCUUCGUCGCUGUCGGCUACGGUCGUAAGUACUGUAGUUGGUGGCGGCGGGCCAGGGGACAGUUUGAGCAGCUCCAUGACCACUUCCGGCUUCGUGGCAGCAGCCGGAAGUCCUGCCAAGACAUCAACAACAACGUCAGCACUGCCAACGACGGAAGCGAACCAAAGUGAGGAUAGCGGCAAGCAGAUGGCAACAACAGCAAAGCAAUCCAGCAAUGGUGGCAACAAUGGCAAUAAUGGCAACGGCAAGAAGAAGUCUAAGAAGAAGCGCAAAUAAUUAGCAGCGCAGCGAAUGGUGCUGCUAGCGGCCACCGGUGACGUGCUGCUGGCGCUGGUGAUUGCAGCAUCAUUGCUGGUCCUGCUAUUGCUGUUGUCGUAUCUUCUUCUGCUGCAGCUUUGCUACAUGCUAGUGUUAUAUUUAUUGUAUUAUUUAUAGAAGUUUUCCAUAUCUUUCCCUCUUCCUUGUAACCGAGUUCCUGCCGUGGGCCGUGAGAGCUUUCGAUUGUCCUAAGCGGAAGCUUUUCCCACGGCUGCGGAUGCGGUGACAGUUAAAAUUAUGUUUUUUUGUUUAUUAGUAAAGUCCUCCACUUUCUAGAAACAGUCAAAAUUUGUCCGCAGUUAACUCAGAUUGACAAGGUAUUUAUUAUUUUAGAAAAUCAGAUAACGAGCACCUAGGGAGUGAGCGGUUUAUCUGUGAAAAGCAUGGCGAAGUUCCAAGCACGUAACCGAAACGUCAGACGGUGACAUGUUUCGUUGCUUGACAGAUAGACUGCUCGCUCGCAAAUAGAGACACAGCGACCCUCUCCUUUGUAAUCGCAUCGUCAACUUGUUCAUAUAGGUUAUUUAUGAAAAACUUCUUUAAUUUUUACUGCAACAAACGAACUAAUUUUGUUAACAAACUUUUAGUCAUGUUUUAAGUAUUUUAUACGAAGUAAACCGUUCAAAACUGCGUAGAAGUUUUAAGGGCAUUGUUGAAACAAAACAAAAAAUACGAAAGAAAUCUGUAUUAUCUAAACACAAAUAUUAGAUAAGAGACCUGCACAUCCCUCAACUGUUAAGGUUGUUUAGAUUGUUUUUCGUUUGCGGUAAUUUAACAUUUGGAAUCUUCAAUUUUGUCCCCAAGAAAUCCUUUGAAAUU